AUGGAGAGAGACACAAAGGAGGUGGGCAUGGUGAACCAACCAGCGUCCCAGAGCGACCCAAGCGAAACUCCCGUGGUCGCUUACAUCGAUCCGGUUAAGGAGGCAAAGAUGAUGAGGAAGUUCGAUUUAUGGGCUGUUGGUGGAUUGGGCGUGCUCUAUAUGUUGGCGAAUCUUGACAGGAGCAACAUUGGCAACGCUCAAAUUGCAGGUCUUCCGGCCGACCUCGGUCUCGUUGGAAAUCAAUAUGGCACAGCUGUUACGCUUCUUUAUGCAACUUAUGUUCCUUUUGAGGGACCAGUUGCUGUGCUUCUCAAAAUUAUUGGUCCCAAGCACUUGCUGAGUUUCUGCUGCUUGGCCUGGGGUGCCGUUUGUCUUGGUACUGGCUUCGUUCAGAACUGGCAAGGUCUUUACGCCUGCCGUCUGCUCAUUGGUUUCUUCGAAGCUGGGUUGAUUCCAUGCAUCAAUGUCUACCUCGGCCUUAUCUACAAGAAGUCAGAGCGAGGAAAGAGGUCCUCAAUCAUCUUUGCUUUCAGCGCUAUCGCCAGCGCGUUCGGUGGCAUCUUCGCAUAUGGCCUUACCCAGAUUCACACCGGAACUUCUUUUUCGUCGUGGCGCGCACUUUUUAUAAUUGAAGGAAUCUUGACUAUUAUCAUUGCACCUCUAUUCUAUUGGUUAUUCCCUGAGUCGCCUCGAGAGGCUUGGUUCUUGACACCAGAAGAGAAGGAAAUGAUGAAGUUGCGAUACGAGCUCGAGCCGCACUGGGGAAUAGACGAAGAGUUCUCCUGGAAAGCUGUGGUCAACGGGUUGACAGACCCGAAGUGGUAUGCUUUCUGGAUCUUCCAAUUCAGUGUCGACAUCUCUCUUUAUGGCUUCACGACUUUCCUUCCUGCCAUCGUUAAUGGUCUCGGCUACACCUCUUACCAUGCCAACCUCAUGACUGUGCCCAUCUACGUAUGGGGCUUGAUAACCUUCCUUUUCACCGCCUACAUGUCUGAUCGAACUGCCAACCGUGGAUAUUGGAUUGGUGGGCCGUUGAUAUGUCUCAUUGUGGGUUACGCAAUGUUGAUUUCGGUUGACAGCCUUGGUGUUCGCUACUUCGCAUGCUUCAUCGCAGUUAUGGGUAUCUACCCAACUACUGGAAUGAGUAUGAUGUGGCUCAGCGACAACGCUGCUCAACAUUUCAAGCGCGCGACUAUGGUCGGUGGCUCGCUCACGUUGGGCAAUACCGCUGGCGUUGCCGUUGGACAGAUCUUUGUUACUGCCGACAAGCCUCGUUACAUUCCCGGAAUUUCUAUUGCCAUGGGACUCGCGGCUCUUGCGGUUGUGUGCGUUGCGGUGUUGAUGAUCGGUAUGCACAUUGUCAACAAGAAGCGUGCGAAGAAAAUCUUGAUUGCGGAGCAAGAGGGUAAUCCGCUACCCCAUCAACCGGAGAAGGGCGACUAUGAUGUACACUUUAAAUACAGCUUGUAA